GUUGGACAGUCUGCGUUUCCUUGUGAUUAUUCUCUCUGUUUGCCUUGCCACCUUCUACAUUCAAAUAGACACCCUCGACAGUCGUUUGCACUUUCCACUUUCAAGCGUUCGUUCGUCCUUUACUCGUUCUAUCAGGCCGCUUUUUAUUGAGCCUGCCAUUUUUCUUUCUGCUUUGAAUUGCCACGACCCAUCCGUCACUAAUUCACGACUCUAUCACAACUACCACCAACAUUCUGACAUCGGCCUUUGUUCCCUCGAGCAUUACAGCGACCAUGUCGACCGCCGAGACUACCUCUAUGCCCCACACCGAGCCUCAAGCCGCCCGCUCCUCCAAUCGCCCUCCCCGCCAGCGUAGACCUCGCGGAGAAAGAAACACGAAUCCACCCGCCCAGCAAGAAGAUCCUCAAUCAGAUGCUUCAAAUCCAGGCCGCCGACGAAGAGGUGGCGGUGGAAGAGGACGCGGAGCUCGCGACCCUCUACUUGCUCUACGACCUUCUUCAGUCGCACCUUCUACACAGGCAUCUUCAGUUGACCCCUCUAGUGCAGACGCGUCAGGCGCAGAAGGUGCCAACUCUAGGAACCAGGAUUCAAGACGUGGACGUGGGAGGGGUGGCGCACGAGGAGGAAGAGGAGGAGCCAGAGGUGGCAGAACGCCUGCGAACAGGACCGUCAAUGGAAGAGCCUUUGGUGGACAACUCACAUCCGACAACGAAUUGCAAGGAGACGCCACCACCUUCGUUCCUGGACAGCCCAUCCUCACCCAAGGCGCUACAUCGCAGCAGACCCAACCCCGAUCCUCGAGACGCCGCCUAUCAAAAUCCACAGCACCCGACAUUGCCACUCGUACUCACCACGACAUUGACAACGGCCACUACGAAUGCCCCAUCUGCACAAGCGAAGUGCUUCGUAACUCCAAAGUAUGGUCAUGCCAUACAUGCUGGACUGUUUUCCACAUGAGCUGUGUCAAGAAGUGGUCCCAGAACCAAGGAUCUGCUGCUGCUCAGCAACAAGGUCGCGAGAAUGGCGAGAUUCCUCCACCCCGACAGUGGAGAUGUCCUGGAUGCAAUCUUCCGAAGGAUACACUGCCAAAGACAUACACUUGUUGGUGUGAGAAGGAGGUCGAGCCGCGCGCUGUUACUGGCCUGCCUCCACACUCCUGCGGCAAUACUUGCGGCAGAGAAAGAGUUCGCAAAUGCCCUCACCCUUGUCAAUUGACUUGCCAUGCUGGCCCUUGCCCGCCGUGUACACACAUGGGUCCUACCCAGUCCUGUUUCUGUGGCAAGCACGAGUCGAACCGUCGUUGUACCGAUACCGACUACGAGAAUGGCUGGAGUUGUGGUGAAGUCUGCGGCGACCUCAUGCCAUGUGGUGAGCACGAAUGCCCUAGGCCAUGUCAUGAAGGCCUUUGUGGAGCUUGUGAAGUCCGCGUCGACGCUCGCUGCUACUGUGGCCAGGUCGAGAAGGCUUUGCUGUGUGCCGAUCGUGGUGACGAGGUCACAAGUCACAAGAAGCAUAGCGCAGAAGAUGGCCAGGACAUUGUUGAAGAGUGGACUGGCAUGUUCGCUUGCACCAAUUCUUGCGAUCGCGCCUUCGACUGCGGCGUUCAUCACUGCCAGAAGCCUUGCCAUACUCAAGACACUGACCCUGGUCACUGCCCCCGUUCUCCGGAUGUUGUUUCUCACUGUCCCUGCGGCAAGACCAAGCUGUCAGAAAUCUCACCUGAUGCUCGCACUUCUUGUGAGGACCCAAUCGCAAACUGCAAGAAACCAUGUAUGAAGAAGCUCUCGUGUGGACACUCUUGCGAGCAGUUGUGUCACUCUGGCGCUUGUAUGCCUUGUCUCAAAGCUGUUCCUAUCAAUUGUCGUUGCGGCAGGACCACCUCCACUACAAUCUGCCAUCAAGGUAAGGUUGAGCCGCCGCAGUGUAUGCGAGUAUGCAGAGCUACCCUGAACUGUGGUCGUCAUGCUUGCGAUGAACGUUGUUGCGAAGGUGAGCGGAAGGCUGGUGAAAGACAGGCCAUGAAGCGUAAGGGCCGCAAGCUGGAAGAUGCACACAUUCGACCCAUCGAUGACGGCUUUGAGGCUGAGCACAUCUGCACCCGUCCAUGUGGUAGACCUCUCAAGUGUGGAAACCACUUCUGUGAGGACCUCUGCCACAAAGGACCUUGUGGAUCUUGUCGCGAAGCCAUCUUUGACGAGAUCAACUGCAACUGUGGCCGUACAGUGUUGACUCCCCCACUUCCUUGCGGUACUCAGCCUCCACCAUGCCGCUUCCAGUGUAACCGACCCAAAACUUGCGGCCAUCCUCAGGUCCAGCACAACUGUCAUAUGGACAACGAAAGCUGUCCCAGAUGUCCUUUCUUGGUUGAGAAGCAUUGCAUGUGUGGCAAAAAGAGUCUCAAGAACCAGCAGUGCUGGCUGAAAGAUGUCAGCUGUGGUCAAGUUUGUGGCAGGAAGCUCAAGUGUGGCUCGCACUUCUGUACCAAGCCCUGCCAUCGUGAAGGCGACUGCGAAGAUGCCGGCGGUCGACCUUGCCAGCAGCCUUGUGGUAAGCCCAAGAAGGCUUGUGGCCACCCUGAUGAGGCCAUUUGCCACGCUCCCACUGCUUGCAAGGAAGAAAAGGCUUGCACUCAUAAGAUCUUCAUUACUUGUGAGUGCCAGGCUCAGAAGCAGGAGAUGAGAUGUCUUGCAUCCAAGUCGAGCGAGGGCAACCUCACCAAAUCUCUGCCUUGCAACGAAGAAUGCGCCAGGCUCGAGCGUAACCGUAAGCUCGCACUUGCGCUCAACAUUGACCAAGAAGCACACGUCGAAGGAGGUGGUCACGUUCCUUUCUCUAAUGAGACCCUUAACCUUUACGCAGCUCACCCUACCUGGUCAACCAACCAAGAGCGCGAGUUCCGUGUGUUUGCAGCCGCAGAUGACGAGAAGCGACUGAGGUUCAAGCCGAUGACGGCAACCCAGCGAGCCUUCAUCCAUCACCUUGCUGAAGACUUUGGUCUGGACUCCGAGAGCAUGGAUCCUGAACCGCAUCGCCAUGUUGCCAUAUUCAAGACACCUCGCUUUGUCCGUUCGCCACCAAAGACGUUGAAGGAGAGUCACCGUAUCAGAAACGCACAGCGCCUGGCAUCUGGCAAGGCUAUCGCCAGCACUGAAGCACCGGCCAAUCAGGUUCGUGCUAAUGAAGUCGGUGAGCCUUUCAACAGCUUCGUUGUUGUUCGACCUCGCUUCGGUCUUACGAUCGAAGAGGUCAGGACAGAGCUUGCAUCGUUCGCACUUCCCCUGCAGUUUGACGUCGAGUUCUUACCCAACGAAGAAGUCAUCAUCAAGGCUAUUAGUCGUACUCUUGAUGAGCAGGCUGUCGACCAGACCCUCAAGAAUGCCAAGGCUCCAAUCGCUGCUGCCAUUGCUGCAAAGAACCUCGGUACUCUUCAGCUUUGUCGUACUGACUCAUCUCUCAACAUUACUCGCCGCGAGACAGAAAGUGGUGUCAGUGAUGGUUGGUCCCGUGUGGCUGCGAAGAGUGCAGCUUCUCGUCGCCCUAUCACUCAGGCGACCUCUUCCAACCGCAACGUCUUUGCCGCUCUUGCUGGUGGCAACAAGGUCACAUUCGCCAAGAAGAAGGAAAAGAAGCCUAUUGUUCCUGUCGAGCCUGUUGUUGAUGAUUGGGAGGCAGCUGAGAUUGCGGAGGAGGAGAAGGAGAAGUUGGCUAGUGGCCACAACAGCGGUGCGGAGGAAGACUUGCCCAAGGCGGAUGGUGUCGAGACAGAGUUGCCAAAGAUCGAUGGUGCCGAGCUCGAGUUGCUUGAGGCCAAGGAUAAUGGCGCAUCGGAGACUGAAGCUCCGGCGGUAGAGAGCAACCAGACAGCUUCUAUCGUCGAUGACGCCCAGGGUGUAGUAGAGGCUGCAGAACCAGAGGUGAACACAUCGUUGAUUCAGCCUGAGGAAGUCAAAGAAGGAGAAACAGCAUAGUUGCCGUUCUCUUCGUUAUACAAAAGUGCGAGAUAGAAAACAACGGCUUGACCAUCAAUGUAUUUCUUGGCACCAUUAACAA